AUGAACGAAUCACCAACACAAGAGCGGUACUUGAGCAGUCCGCGGGAAGUGCUCGUCUACCAGAUUGAGAAAUUCCUACAAGCCAGGCAGAAGUUUACCUGCCUGGGUCUCGAGAUUCUCUUCAAUAAUAAUAAGCAUGUCCAAUUAAUCAAUAGCGACAAGGGUCCAGACAAGAGAGGAUUAGCAUUUACAAGCAAACCUCCACCUUUGAAACCCAUACUUCAGCUUGAUCCUCUAGUAAGAUCUUACCCUCAUGGUGGAGUUCCCACAGAAAGUAAUAUUGAUCCCAAAAAUGUUUCUGCCAGAACCUUGAAAAUUCUUCGUUCCCAAAUACUUGAAAGAUCGAUAAUCAGGGCUACUGAGUCGCUGGCUGCCAGAAGUGGACCUUCCAAUUGGAAUGGCGAAACUUACAAACUUGCCAUCAAGCUCUUUUUGGCCUGUGUUCUAGAUCCAAACUAUAGCAAUAUGGUGUAUUCGUUGACUUCUCAUACCAGCAAUAUCCACAAGACCAGCCAUCUAGGACAGGAAUUGGAACUAUAUGUAGAAAAUUUGCUAUUGGCAAUUGACAUUAUCGAUGCUGACAGUGUUUUGUCAAAGAAGGGGACUUUACUUGAAGACAGUAUACGGACGCUAGUUCAUAUUAUGGCAGUGAAUUAUGCCACUGUCAUAAUUGGAGACUCGCCAGCACAGUUCUUUGACAUCACCUUUGCCUUGAUUAACCAUUCUUGUUUUCCAAAUGUGUUGCCAGUUGUUCUGGACGAUUGCGAUAAGAUCCAAUUGGUAUAUUUUAAUAAUUUUGUCGCCAAUAAGACCAAGCAAUUGUUUACAAACUACUGUUAUACAGCCAUUCCUAAAGAAUUGAGAAACGCUGACUUGAGAAACCGGUUCUUCUUCACCUGUAAUUGCUGGUUAUGCAAGCAGCCCCAUGACAUCUUUUUUUCUUACAACUGUAACAACUGUAACCAGAUGAUCUGUUCCCUCAACUCUUCCAAUUGGUAUCUUCCUGUCAGCCAACUCGAUUACGUUAACGACAAUAAGGAUACUUGUCUUUCGUGUAGAGCAGACUUUGACAAACGAGAGUUGGCAAAGAACCAUUCUUUGAAUGGGUAUCUAUUGCUAGCCAUGUUAGAUCCUGAACAAGACAAGGAUGACAAUGAGGCACUACUAGUCUUCAACCAUCGAAUGAAGUUAUUGCUACAGAGCAUCAUCUCGGGAGCAAUUUCCAAAGAAGAAAUAGUUAGAUUGCUUCUACUUCGAGUCUACAAUUUCAGGAUACCUCCUAAGAAAAGGAGCAUUUUCAGAAAAAUCACAAAUGACCUUCGCAAUGGACGCUAUGUUCCUGGUUACGGGUUUCCUUUGAGUUUUUUCCUCCGCGACUUAGACAUAGAUAAUCCUCAGAUUGAUGGCAUCCGGACAUUUGUUGCUAGCAAGGUUGUAGCAGCUAAUCAGUUCACCAGACUUAAGGAAGUAUUGCAAUUGAAAUUUGGUACGGAGCUUCCGUGUAGAUUAGUCGAACUGAGAUUAAUAGCCAACGAGCACUUCAAAGAGAUUGCCCAGGCGUUGAGUCAGGUAUUUUCAUACGUUGUAAGACUCAGAUACAGUGGCUGUAUUCCGGUAAAAAUAGAAACGUAUAUGGCAUAUUCCAAGAAUACGGUAGACAGUCUAGUCGAUAGCAUCAAGCGCUUGAUAAGCUUGGCGGACAAUAACAAGAUCGACAACAUCUGCUUCAAGCGCUACAACAUGACCGAUCACUACUUCCAGUCUCACUUGAAAGCAUUGUACGACUUUGCUGAAGUUCAG